AUGGGUAGCAGGAACAUUUUGGGGUACAGGCCAGCCGGGGCCAGGCUGCUUGGGAGGAAGUGCUGGGGAAAGGCAACAGCUUUGGACUCUGCUAUCUCAAACAACGCGCCCUCACUGCGUUCUGUAGCACCGCGGCCCGGCGGGGAUCGGCUCUGCGGCCAUCGGAGCGGACGAGGCGCUCUGCCCGCAGCCCCGGGCUGUUUGUGCCCGGCGUGCUCCAGCUCCCCGCUCCCGGCGCUGCCCGGGGCGGGGUCGCGGCCGGGCCCCGAGCACCGCGAGGCGGCGGCGGCGCAGCUGCUGCUGCUCGGGCUGAGCGCCGAGGCCGCCCUGGCGCUGCUGGAGCGGAGCCCGGCGCUGCUGCGGCUGCCCACGGAGCGGCUCCGGGAGCGCGCCGAGGAGCUGCGGCGCCUGGGGCUGGACGGAGGCCGGCUGCAGCGGGCCCUGAGCCGCUGUCCGCAGCUCCUCCACGUGCCCCGCAAGAGGCUGCAGGCGGCGGUGCGGCUGCUGCGGGAGCGCUGCCUGUUCACGGCGGAGCAGCUGCGGGAGGUGCUGGGGACCUGCCCCGCCGUCCUGCGGGAGGAGCCGCGCACCCUCCAUCAGCAGUUCCAGUACGCCUACUUCAGAAUGGGGGUCCAGCAGAAGGAGAUGGUGAAGGCUCGCCUCUUCCAAAUGCCCUUUGCCGAGCUCCGCAGUCGGCACAUCUUCCUGGAGCGCCGGGGGCUCUACGAGACCCCGCACAAAGGACAGACCCAAAUUAAUAACCCAAAACUGAAGGACAUCCUUCAGCUCCCGGAGGAAGACUUCUUGGCCAGCCUGGCCUACUCUACCCCAGAGGAGUUUGAGGUCUUCAAGAAGCUGCUGGCUCGAGAGGAGGAAGAGAAGGAGGAAGAGGAGGAUGUGGAUGCACUGUACACAGAGGAUGAUGAUGAUGAUUUGGACAGUGAUGAAAGUAGAACAGCCCGGGAAUGAGGUGAGGCUCCGAGGUGCCAGCCCUCCCCUGCUGCUGCACCCACACUGGGUGCUUUGGGCUCCCACCCCACACCAGCACAAGCUGGGGUGGGUGCAGGGCCCCAUGGUGCCAAUAAAUCCCAUCUGUCAAAUA